AUGUUUCGUGUAACAUGUGCUGUUCUCUCCCGAUUAUCACCGUCCAAUUCAUCUCGUCAGUGUUACUGUAUGAGGAAAUGUUUUCUUCAUGCUACUAAUUCACUACGCUUAACAGCUAUUGACAGUGAGAAUGUCAAUGAUAAAAAAAAAGCAGUGCGAAGUGACGAUUUGAAAGUGGAUAUGGCAGAUUUAGAAGAGGCUUUAAAAAGAGAUGAAAAAAAAGAGUCAAUAAAUCAUAAGGAAACCAUCCUAAAGUUAAGGGAGCAGAAGAAAGCAAUUCGAGAAAUUUUCACAGGAAAACUGGCUAUGAUUAUUGUUGGUGUCAGUGUUAUUUUAGUUAUCAUCUUAUCAGGUUUGCGAGAAAAGAAAAUGAGAGAACUAGAGAGCGAAAGGAAGCAGACUAUCGGUAAAGCUCGAAUUGGUGGUCCAUGGGAAUUAGUUGAUGUGAAUGGUGAGUUAGGGGGUUCCGAACGGCUUAAAGGAAAUUGGCUUUUGUUGUAUUUUGGUUUCACACAUUGCCCUGAUGUCUGUCCAGAUUCUAUUGAAAAAAUGGUUGAGGUUGUGGAAAUCCUUGAAAAAAGUGAAGAAAAAAUCAGAGUAAUCCCAGUUUUUAUAUCAGUAGAUCCUGAACGUGACACAGUUGAACGAGUGAAGAAGUACUGCGCAGAAUUUUCUCCCAAAAUAAAAGGCUACACUGGUUCAAAGGAGCAAGUCGCCAAAGUGGCAAAGGCAUUUCGCGUCUACUACAGCCAAGGGCCUAAAAUAGACGGAAAUGAUUAUAUUGUUGACCACACUGUUAUCAUGUAUCUAAUGGAUCCAGAUGGUGAUUUUCAUGAUUAUUAUGGCCAGAAUCGUUCUGCUCAGGAGAUAGCGAAGGUUAUUAAACUUAAGAUGGCGACACCUGCAACACCGAAACAGUAUACCGUGCGUAUUCCCAAACGAAAUGGGUCUAGACGUUAUUCAGUUUUGAAAUUCAAUGGUACUUUAAAAAUUGAUCCAGGAAAAUGGGCAAUGGCUGAUUACAGUAUACGAAUGGCACGUGAAGAUAAUAAAGAACAAGCAGCUGUAAAUGAAAUCCGGCAGGAUUAUGGAGAAGGCUCCGAAUAUGGUAAAGCGUUGCGAGAGGAGGCACGGCGCAAGAAAUACGGCCGUCAAUUUCAGACCUACCAGCAUGACAAUCAACCCUGGGUGUUAAGUAUUACAGACCCAAGUACUAAGGAACGCAGAUUUCGUAGCAUUCGUGAAGGCGGAGCAGGGGAACAUGCAGACUAUUGGGUGUUUUUGAAAUCGGGAGAAGAAUUUCAUGCUUACAAAGUUGAUGAGUGGUAUCAAUUUAUGCCAUUUUCGACUCAUCGAACUCUUGACAUUGAUCAAGCAGAAGAACGGUUUCGUGAACGAAAUCGUGUUAUGAAUCAGUUUGCUCUUAAAGCCCAGAUACAGCAGCAAUUGAAAGCUAUGGAUGAAGAUGGCGAACAAAUGAUAAAAACAACGAAGUCGCUUAAAAUCAAAGAUGAAGCCAGUUCGGAUGAGAAUUCUGAUGGCGAGAAAGGAGACGACGAAGAUGAUGCUCCUGUCGGAAGUUCAAAACCGAAAAAGAACUCAAAACCUACUGCUCGGGCCAGAAAAGAUAAGAGACAGCGAGUGGAGAAUGCGGAUGAGGUGGCAGCUUAUGAAAGUGAUGAUGGUGAUGAUGAGGGUCGAGAAUAUGACUAUAUGAGUGAUAGUGGUUCAGAAAGCGACCGAGAUGUGGUACCUAUGGAACAGAAGGUGGAUGAGGCAAUGGUUGCCGUAGGUGAUGAAACAGGUCUGAAAAAGUUAAUUGGUGAUGAUUUUUCUGAUACCGACAGUAGUGAUAUGGAUGAUACCACCAAAAAACUUCUUUUCGCUGUGGAAGAUGACGAUGGCGAUGAGAUAAAGAAGCAGUUUAUUGAUGUCGAUGAAAGAGGCAAGUUAUCAUUAAAAGUUUAUUCGUUCAUUUUUUAUUCAUCAGGUAGCGACUCGGAUGAUCCUGAUAAAGAAAUUAACUCUGCAAUUUUCCUACCUGUGAAAAAAACUCUGGAAGAACCACAAUCAUCAACAAGAAAAAGACCACUAGAAAAUGUAUCUUUCGCAGACAAUGAGGUGAAAAGGAUCAAGACCGAACAAGCGUUUACUGCACCAUCAUUAUCCCCCACACAAUCGACAACAAAUCAGGAUAGUCUAAAUGAAGAAACUGUGCGACGGUAUCUUCGAAGGAAACCUCAUACAACGAAAGAAUUGCUUUCUAAAAUUAAGUCAAAAUGUGGUGAUAUGGAAAAAUCAGAAAUAGUACAAAAGCUAGCUGCUAUACUGAAGCGAAUCGAACCUCAUCAAUUCAAACAGAAGCAUGGCAAGAAGGAAGUACUUUUUUUCUCAUUAAACAAUAAUCUUGCUUAA